UGGGUGAUGACCGUAUCAUUGUGUUUGUACAAAGAGGACCGGCACUCGUUUAAGUAGACUUGAGCGAGUGCUGGUCCUCUUUGUGCAAGUACGUCAGGUCUUGCCCUGGACGCGCGCACCGCAUCUCUGACAUAUGGAGUGCCGACUGUGUCUUCUCUGUAUCAUUGUGUUGUCAGGUUCCUAUAAGGUGUCAGGAUGUCACCAUCUAUUUCUCCGUGGAGGAGUGGGAGUAUUUAGAAGGACACAAAGAUCUGUACAAGGACAUCAUGAUGGAGGAUCACCGGCCUCUCACAUCACCAGUUAAGGAAGAGAGAAGAACACCGGAGAGAUGUCCCAGUCCACUUCUUCCUCAGGAUGGUUCAGGAGAACAUCGCAAUGUCCCACAGGAUGAUCAGGUUCAGAAUCCAGGUGAAGAUCUGAACACUAUAUAUGUUACAGAGGCAUAUGUGAGGGGUGAUGAGCAGAGUACAGAGGACAUUCCUACAGACAACUGCCCAGAUGACUAUAUCAGGAGCUCAAAGGGACUUCCGACACCUAAAGAUUUAAAAGCAAAUGAUCAUGCUCUGGUACAAGGUGCUUAUGAAGUAUAUGUCAUUAUCCCAGAUACACCCUCAGCCUUGCAAAGCAACAGUCAAUCAUCUGAUCUUUUUCAACGAGUCUUGCCUUUUGAUUCAUCACAGACUGUUAAGCAAAACAAAGGACACAGAAGAGGUGAACAUCCAACAACUCCCACGGGGGUGAAGCCAUUUUCAUGCUCAGAAUGUGGGAAAUGUUAUAGGAUGAAAUCAAGUCUUAUGAUACACCAAAGAGCUCACACAGGAGAGAAGCCAUUUUCAUGUUUAGAAUGCGGGAAACGGUUUACGAAAAAAUCAAUUCUUACUACACAUAAGAGAAUUCACACAGGGGAGAAACCAUUUUCAUGCUCAGAAUGUGGGAAAUGCUAUAGGAUGAAAUCAAGUCUUACUAUACACCAAAGAGCUCACACAGGAGAUAAGCCAUUUUCGUGUUUAGAAUGUGGGAAACGGUUUACCAACAAAUCAAGUCUUAUUACACAUAAGAGAAUUCACACAGGGGAAAAACCAUUUUCAUGUUUUGAAUGUGAAAAAUGUUUUAUCCAGAAAUCAGAUCUUGUUAAACAUGAGAGAAUUCACACAGGGGAGAAGCCAUUUUCAUGUUCCGAAUGUGGGAAAUGUUUUAGCGAUAAAUCAAGUUUUAUUUCACAUGAGAAAACUCACACAGGGAUGAAGUCAUUGUCAUGUUCAGAAUGUGGGAAAUGGUUUAGCAAAAAAACAAGCCUCAUUGAACAUGAGAGAAUCCACACAGGGGAGAAGCCGUUUUCAUGUUCAGAAUGCGGGAAAUGUUUUAUCCAGAAAUCCGAUCUUGUUAAACAUCAGAGAGGUCACACAGGAGAGAAACCAUAUUCAUGUUCAGAAUGUGGGAAAUGUUUUAGCAACAAAUCAAGUCUUAUUACACAUUAUAGAAUUCACACAGGGGAGAAGCCAUUUUCAUGUUCAGAAUGUGGAAAAUGUUUUAUCCAGAAAUCAGAUCUUGUUAAGCAUCAGAGAGGUCACACAGGAGAGAAGCCAUUUUCAUGUGCAGAAUGUGGAAAAUGUUUUAGCGAUAAAUCAAGUUUUAUUUCACAUAAGAAAAUUCACACAGGGGAGAAGUCAUUUUCAUGUUCUGAAUGCGGGAAAUGGUUUAGGAAAAAAUCAAGUCUUAUUAUACAUGAUAGAAUUCACACAGGGGAGAAACCAUAUUCGUGUUCAGAAUGUGGAAAAUGUUUUAGUCAGAAAUCAGAUCUUGUUAAACAUCAGAGAAGUCACACGGGGGAGAAACCAUUUUCAUGUGCAGAAUGUGGGAAAUGUUUUAGCGAUAAAUCAAGUUUUAUUUCACAUAAGAAAAUUCACACAGGGGAGAAGUCAUUUUCAUGUUCUGAAUGCGGGAAAUGGUUUAGGAGAAAAUCAAGUCUUAUUAUACAUGAUAGAAUUCACACAGGGGAGAAACCAUAUUCAUGUUCAGAAUGUGGAAAAUGUUAUAUUCAGAAAUCAGAUCUUGUUAAACAUCAGAGAGGUCACACGGGGGAAAAACCAUUUUCAUGUGCAGAAUGUGGAAAAUAUUUUAGCAAUAAAUCAAGUUUUAUUUCACAUGAGAAAAUUCAUACAAGGGAGAUGUCCUUUUCAUGUUCAGAAUGUGGGAAAUGGUUUAGCAAUAAAUCAAGGCUUAUUAUGCAUGAGAAAAUUCACACAGGGGAGAAACCAUUUUCAUGUUCAGAAUGUGGAAAAUGUUUUAUCCAGAAAUCAGAUCUUGUUAAACAUCAGCGAAUUCACACAGGGGAGAAACCAUUUUUAUGUUCAGAAUGUGGAAAAUGUUUUAUCCAGAAAUCAAAUCUUAUAAAACAUCAGCGAAUUCACACAGGGGAGAAACCAUUUUCAUGUUCAGAAUGUGGAAAAUGUUUUAUUCAGAAAUCAGAUCUUGUUAAACAUCAGCGAAUCCAUACAGGGAAGAAGCCAUUUUCAUGUUCAGACUUGGAAAAGUUGUAGCUUUAACCAGAACUUAUUAUACAUCAGAGAACUCAAACAGCGGAAAAGCCAUAUUUAUGUUCAGAAUGUGGGAAAUGUUUUAAUCAGAAAUCAGAUCUUAACAUCAGAGAAUUCACACUGGGGAGAAGCCAUAAUAAUGUAGGAUAUGUUUUAGCCACAGAUAUCAUUGUCUUAAACAUCUAUGAAUUUACAUUUGGAAGUAUUUCUAUUAAAGCCAAAGUAAAGCAGUUUGGAACAUUAAAUGAUGAUUUAGAAAUGUCUGUAAUUACCAAUAAACAUCUGUUAUCUA